GAUUGGCGCGCAGUCUUGCGUGUCUCUGAAGAACAAUUAAGACAGAAAUAAACUUAUCGUACGACUGUCUGGGUGAUGAACACUUGGACUCUGUUGGAAACACUGCUGAUAUGAGUGCAGCAGGACGAAAGAAGACAUGAGCGACCAAGCAUAGUCAACUUCACAUCUAAGAGCCGACCCGCCGAAGCGGUGAUUUGGAUAAUUUAGGCGCCCGGGGGGUUGUGGGCUAGCACCAAUGCAAGAGGCGACGGAUCAUAAUGGCAAUAGAGAAGUCGAGCCCGCGAGCACGCCGGAUUUGCGGCGCACGGCUGCUCACGGCAGUAGAAAUAGUGUACGGAGCAGCAGAGCGGCGGCAAGAUCUAGCUGGCGUGUUACUCCAUCAGGGCUCAUUCGUCCAGUACACGCAAUGAAUGGAACGACGGCCCACAAGAAGAAACUUGCUACAGGCAAGUCGGAGAACUUAUUGAAUCCCAAGAUGCUCGUGGAGGCCGCAUCGUUGCUAGGGAGUGUUGGCUCACUCACGGCUUCGGAGGCGCAAGGGAAAAUUAUCAAAGAUGAUAACAAGGCCCCAGAAGAGGAUUUGUACGAUCAGUUUAAAUUCCCUUUUGAGAACCUCGUGUUUGAAGGUGGUGGCAAUAAGGGUAUGGCGUACGUCGGAGUACUACAGAUUUUAGAAAAUGCUGGAAUCAUGAAGAAUAUCAAACGUGUCGCCGGCGCAAGCGCGGGAGCCAUAAUUGCCACAUUGAUCGCCUUGGACUUUGAUUCCCAAGAUCUUAAAGAGUUCCUAGAACAAGACCUUAGACGCAUUCUCGUUGAUCAUUCAUGUGGGUACUGCAGUCUAUUACCAAACUUGCUAAAAGGGUUUGGAUGGAACCCGGGCAACAAACUCUUGCGAUGGUUUGGUGAACAGCUUAAAGAGAGAACAGGCGAUGCAGACGUUACCUUUAGAGAGGUUUAUGAGCGAUUUGGAAAAGAGCUUUGCAUUGUCGUCACAAAUCUUAAUCAGAUGUCUGCAGAGUACCUACAUCCAAAGACCACACCCAACAUGCCGAUUCGUAGAGCUGUUAGGAUGUCUAUAGCCCUACCUGGUGUUUUCCAAAGUGUGCGAGAAGUGAACAAUGAUAUGGAAGAUGUGUAUGUUGAUGGCGGACUUCUUUGUAACUACCCCAUACAUGCAUUUGAUGGGUGGUGGUUGUCCAUGAAACCAGAAGAUACGUUUUUCAAAAAGCUUCAGCCACUUGAAGAGCUUAUGCGACUUUUUGAGAAAUCGGAAAGAUUUGGAGAAUGGAACAAGAAAACUCUUGGAAUCAUAUUGUACUCUCAUACAGAAACAGAAUUGAUGAAAAUCUUGCUGUCAGAGCGAGAGGGAAAUAAACCACCUCGAAAACCUAACACAAAGCUAGCAAAACAAAGAUUAAAGCUUCAACAGAAACAACAGUGCAUGCAAAAAGAGCACCAGGCCAUGGUGUCCGCAGUCAAUAGAUUUAUGAAGGAGCUGCAUAGGAAUAAUCUGGACGAAGACAGUAUAAUUAGUUUAAAAGAACUAAGAGGAGUCUUCAAAAAGCCUCUCGAGUUCACGCAAAAGGAUGCAGAGAUGCUUUUUGGUCCGGAUGUCAAUUAUCGCUCGGCCUUCGAGGAACUUGACAAAGACGAGGACGGAGAAAUAACAUUUCAGGAGCUAAUGGCGUUUAUAGAGAAAAAAGGGGUCAACAUUCAAAACCGAUUUCUUGGUUAUUCGAGAAAGGAGAUCCGGCACUUGGGCGAUUUCAUCCAGACGUUACAGACGGCACUAUCUGUUAACGUCAAAAGAGUUUACGUUGAGAAAAAAGACGUGGAAAGAACAAUUGGCAUCGACACUGACUAUAUCGAGACGAACGACUAUAAUUUAGACCAGGGUGAUGUUGAGUUCUUGAUAGAGUCCGGCCGCCGUGCAACGCGAGCCUUCCUACGUGAAUACUCCAUGAGAGAGUCUAGAAAAGACGACUACUGCCAUUCCAUACCAGAACGACGCGAGCCGGUCCAAGUAAAAAGCAUGUCAACAAAGAAACGAACAGCGUCCGUAGUAUCUGCGACUUCAAACGUAUCCGUGACGUCACUGGGCGAGUCCAUGCCCUCAUCAUCUCGGUUUCGAACACCAAGCCCACUCCCACCGAUAGGUAAAAAGGAAAGUCAAAGGGAAGGAUCUUCAGGAUCCGAAGAGAGCGCUCGUAGCUCGAGGAAGGUUAGCGUAGAAGUGCCUCGGAGUCCGAGUGGUAAACGACGAGGUCGCGGGGGAAAGGUCGGCAUUACCACUAUCGUAUAGCAUACCCUUAUGUACGGGGGAGUAACUUAUCUUUUGAAUGGAGGGAAAAGGCUUGCCUCCCUAAUUUACUAAGGACGGUAGGGUUAUUUGGUGGUUUCCAAAUAUUUGAAACUGCAUAAACAGGGCCGUGGCUAGUAUUUCAUGAUUCCCUUGAUCAAAUUACGAUAUCGACUUUGUCUCGGUUAUUAUAUAUUUUUUUCAUUUUAGGACUCUAAAACCCAAAAUUUCACGAGUUCAAAGAUAAGGGAGUUUCCAACGUUAGCGGCCCUAGUUAAUAGAUCAUAAAAAAUGUCAGAAUUUGUAAUAUAUUUGAUGUCUAUAGAACUUGAUAAGUUUAUCACAUAGACUUGGUUUUCAGCGCUUGCAAAAACAGUUGAAAGUUGAGUCUUAAAUUCUCAAGAGCUUAUUAUGAAAGUCAUGUUCAUCAUGAUCUCUUGUCACAAUAUACAACAGGUAGUAGUUUUUAGCUUAGACCACUGAACGGCGGACCAUUGGUUGGUGGAGCUAAUACAUCCCAUCAUAUUUUUCAAGCGUUUUCAUGCUCGUUAUCCCUUAAAUCUUUAUCUUUAUCCGAAAAUCAAUUUUGUGAUACCAAUUUCAUUGUUAGCAGAUGUAUUUAUUACACAGAAAGGGUGCUUGUAAUCUUAUUGUAAUAAACGUUAUAUUUUUCUAUUA